AUGGGCUCCGUCCUCACGUUCGUAGGUGGCUUGGCCCAAGCCAAGAUGGAAAUCCAAAGAAGCUUGGGGGAUGGCAAGCGGUCCUGCCGCCGGCCCCGGGAAGCUGCCGAGCUGCGCGGCGUGGCUGCGGCGCUGCUGGAUGCUGAUCCCCAACAGAUCUGGUGUAGCGUUCCUGGCUCCAGCGGCAACCUGAGCGUCUGCAUGUUCUUAUCAGCAAGCCUUGCAGGUCCCUUCUCAGAACCAGGGCUCAGGUCGCUGCGCGUGCGGAGCCAGCGUCAAACGGCGAUGCGUCUGAGAGCCAGCUCCAAGAAGUCGCUAGCGCGGCGGGUGUUCUGCAUGUCUGAGGAGGCUCGCACUUCUUGGGACAGGGAGUCAAGUGAAAUGCGCUAUAAAAGGCUUCAACAUUUGCUUGAAAAAAGCAACAUCUAUUCCAAAUUCUUGCUGACCAAAAUGGAACAGCAGCAACUGGAGGAGCAGAGGAGGAAAGAGAAGUUGGAAAGAAAGAGAGAGAUGAUGUUAAAAUCUGCCAAGGGUCAAAAUCCAGUUGAAGGCAAAGAGGAGAAAUCAGGGACAAAAAAGAAGAGAGGGAGAGAAGAUGGGACGUACAACAUCUCAGAAAUUAUGUCCAAAGAGGAAAUACUGUCGGUGGCAAAAAAAAGUAAAGUGGAAAAUCAGGAUGAAAACUCUUCUGACAACCUGCGUCCAGAAGACCUGCAGAAAAAUGGAGACUCAAAUAGUGUCAUUAAGGAUAGGUUGUGUCAAGCUGUGCGGCACAGUGCCAAGCAGUUCCUUGAUCCAGUACGGAAAUUUAACGGACAACCAGUGCCUUUUCAGCAGCCAAAGAUUUUUACUGGAGGUGUAAUGAGGUGGUACCAAGUGGAAGGCAUGGAGUGGCUAAGGAUGCUUUGGGAAAAUGGUAUAAAUGGCAUUUUAGCUGAUGAAAUGGGGCUGGGGAAGACGAUCCAGUGUAUUGCAACAAUAGCACUGAUGGUGGAGCGAGGAGUCCCUGGUCCCUUCUUAGUGUGUGGUCCUUUGUCUACUCUUCCAAAUUGGAUGUCUGAAUUCAAGAGAUUUACUCCAGAGAUUCCACUAAUGCUCUAUCACGGAGCUCAGCAGGCACGUCGUAAACUGCACUGCUUCUGGAAAUACCUGAUAGUCGAUGAAGGUCACAGGAUUAAAAAUAUGAACUGCCGCCUUAUCAGAGAACUGAAACGAUUUAAUGCGGACAAUAAACUGCUGUUGACGGGUACUCCCCUGCAAAACAACUUGGCAGAGCUUUGGUCAUUGCUUAACUUCCUGUUGCCAGAUGUGUUUGAUGAUUUGAAAAGCUUUGAAUCCUGGUUUGAUAUUACCAGCAUUACAGAAACUGCUGAAGAUAUUAUCGCUAAAGAAAGGGAGCAAAACGUCUUGCAUAUGCUGCAUCAGAUUCUGACACCUUUCUUACUGAGAAGACUGAAAUCUGAUGUUGCGCUUGAAGUUCCUCCUAAACGAGAAGUUGUGGUGUAUGCACCGCUGGCAAAGAAGCAAGAAACUUUCUAUACUGCCAUUGUAAAUCGCACCAUUAGGAAACUGCUUGGAAAUAAUGAGGAAGAAGUAGUUGAGUUGAGUCCUACAGGCCGACCAAAACGCCGUAGUCGAAAAGUGGUCGAUUAUUGUGAAGAACAUAAUGGUUCACCUGACGACUUGGAAAAAUUGAUCAGCAAAAUGCAAGAGGAAGUAGAAAAAGAGAGGCCAGUGGUAGAAGUGAGCAUGCCCAUGGAUUCAGAGGUGAACCUUAAACUGCAGAAUAUUAUAAUGUUACUGAGGAAAUGUUGUAAUCACCCCUACCUUAUUGAAUAUCCAUUGGACCCUGCUACACAACAAUUCAAGGUUGAUGAAGAUCUAGUAAAGAAUUCAGGCAAGUUUCUACUCUUGGACCGAAUGCUUCCAGAACUGAAAAAGCGAGGACAUAAGGUCUUGUUGUUCUCGCAAAUGACUAUGAUGCUUGACAUUUUGAUGGAUUACUGCUAUCUGAGAGACUUCAGAUUUAGUCGAUUGGAUGGCUCUAUGUCCUACUCGGAGAGAGAAGAAAAUAUGCAUCGAUUUAAUACUGACCCUGAAGUCUUCCUGUUCUUAGUGAGCACAAGAGCUGGAGGCUUGGGCAUUAACUUAACCGCAGCAGACACAGUUAUCAUAUACGAUAGUGACUGGAACCCCCAGUCGGACUUGCAGGCCCAAGACAGGUGUCACAGAAUUGGCCAGACAAAGCCCGUGGUGGUUUAUCGUCUUGUGACGGCAAAUACUAUUGACCAGAAGAUAGUGGAGAGAGCUGCCGCCAAGAGGAAGCUGGAGAAGCUGAUAAUCCACAAAAAUCAGUUCAAAGGUGGCAAAUCUGGUCUAGCACAGGCAAAGAGCUGCCUGGACCCCCAGGAAUUAAUAGAAUUACUGAAAUCCAGAGACUAUGAGAGGGAGGUUAAAGGAUCUAAAGAAAAAGUAAUCAGCAACAAAGAUCUAGAGUUACUCUUGGAUAGGAGUGAUCUGAUUGAUCAAAUGAAGACCUCUGAAAAAAUGAAAAAAGAAAAAAUGGGUGUCUUCAAGGUCCUAGAAGAAUCGUCAGAUUCCAGUGCAGAAUGUGUGUUUUAAUGCACAAAUGUGGCCUGUAGUCCUACGGGACA